UGGUAGGACAUGAACAUGAAGAUUGUGAUCCCAACAUGGCCACCAUUGCUGAACCAUGCUGCACCAAUGAGGCCCAUCCCCACAAAACCUUGCUGGCGAAAGCUCAAGAAUAUGGAUGCAGCAUCACUGACUUACAAUUUGCCACACACAUGGAUGAGAAUGAUGCAUUGAGGCGAUUUAGACUGGAAUAUUUCUACCCUAAAAUGAAGGAGAUACCUACAGUUGAUACCUCCUUGGUUGAUGGUGAGUCUGACAGCGUUUAUUUGUGUGGGAACUCGUUAGGAUUGCAACCGAAAGGUGUAGCAAAAUACCUCAAUGAUGAGCUGGACAAAUGGGCUAAAACUGCAGUACAUGGUCAUUUUAAUGGACGGAUUCCAUGGGCUCUUGCUGAUGAAGUAGUGCAUGAACAAUUGUCCAAGAUGGUCGGGGCCAAGACUGAGGAGGUAGCAGCAAUGAAUGGCCUAUCAGUCAAUUUACACUUGUUGCUGAUAUCGUUUUAUAGACCAACGAAAGAUAGAUAUAAAAUUCUGAUAGAAGGGAAGUCAUUUCCAUCUGAUCAUUAUGCAGUCGAAUCGCAAAUACGCUUACAUGGUUAUGAUCCGAAGGAAUCCAUGGUUUUAGCAGAGCCUAGAGAGGGUGAGCAAACUCUCCGGAUGGAGGAUCUUUUAGAUUUAAUUGAGAAAGAAGGUGAGAGCAUUGCAGUGAUUGUUUUCUGUGGUGUUCAGUAUUACACGGGACAGUUGUUUGACAUGAAGGCUAUUACUGAGGCUGGUCAUAAAAAGGGUUGCUACGUUGGUUUUGAUCUUGCCCAUGCUAUUGGCAAUGUGGAGAUAUCACUCCAUGAGUGGGACGUAGAUUUUGCUUGCUGGUGUUCGUACAAGUACCUUAAUGCCGGUGCUGGUGGUAUGGCAGGAGCUUUUAUUCAUGAAAAGCAUGCAGACAAUGAUUUUCCAAAACUUAUUGGAUGGUGGGGCCAUGAAUACAAAUCACGAUUUCAAAUGUCUAAUGAGCUGGAGCUUUCUCCUGGUGUGGCUGGUUAUAGGAUUUCUAACCCCCCACCACUUCUAGUAUGUCCGCUGUUAGCAAGUAUGGAUAUUUUCAUGCAAGUUCCGAUGUCUGAUUUAAGAGCAAAGUCUUACCUGCUAACUGGCUAUCUAGAGUUACUGAUUCAAACAUACUAUUCUAAACCGUCUGAUCCUUUGGAUAACAAGCUCGACAAACCGUAUGUGGACAUCAUCACCCCAUCCGAUCCAAAACAACGGGGAUGUCAGCUCUCACUGAUGUUCUCUGUACCAAUUCUAAAAGUAUUCGAGGAAUUGGAAAAACGAGGAGUCGUGUGUGACAAGAGAGAGCCAAAUGUUAUUCGUGUAGCACCGACAGCCAUGUACAAUUCCUUUACAGAUGUUCAUAGGUUCAUUACAUUUCUUGGGGAAGCUCUAAAUGCCGCUAAGUCGUGAUUGUCUCUGUGAUUUAAUACGUAUCAGAUUUUAUUUAAAAUAGGCAGGCUUGUCGCAUGACAGUUCAUUUGAUGUCACUGAGAGGAGAUUUUAGUUGAGAUAAUUGAACCAGUGUCAGCUAAUUUUAAUGAUUUUCAAGUCAUUUACAUUAAAGUGGCAAAUUUUGUUUU